GCGUAACUGAAGUACGUAAUCAGCAGCAAACAUAAGAACUGUAAUAUUUAUAUCGGUUGAUGUAAAUUUUGGGGAAGGCACUGAAACUCCGUUUAGGCUCCGUUUGCUGUUUUUUUGUAUCUUUCCUUGCGUCUCACGCAGAACGCCCUCUCAGAGGCUGCCACACCCAGUUUGUGCUUCACAGGCAAAGUUGACUCAUGAAGUGUAAGAAGACACCAGCGGAGUGUUUCUGAGUCCACAAAUACCUGCCGCCGACACGCGCGCACACGGCUAAAGAAGAGCCAACAUGAAGCUUUGUUUGAGGAUUGUGGUGCUGCUUUUCCUGGUUACUGGAACAUUAACACAAGAUUUCAACCUGGGGGAUGCGUUGGAUGAUAAAACACCGACAUCCCAAAAACCGAAAGAGAAGCCAAAGGCAACAGAGCAGCCCAAAAAGGAUGGUGAGCUGGACCUUUUGGAUGCAUUUGGACCAGACGAGCCACAGCCGGAAAAACCCAAGAAACCAAGUUCUGGAGACUCUGAUUUAAAUGGAUUCAAUCUGGGAGACGCUCUCAAUCCAGGACCUACCACUAAACCUGACAAACCUGCUGUCAACCCACCAAAGGGUGGAGGAGGUGGUGGAAAUUUUGAUGAUUCCGACUUGGAUGAUGUAAGCGGUGGAGACUACAAGCCUGAUGGAGGCCGCUCAGGAGGUCGUGCCAUGGAUCCUCAGGGUGGUGCUGAACAGCCUCAAGGGAGUGGUCCGAUUGCAGGAAUCAUCAGUGCCGUAGGCGUUGCCCUGGUGGGAGCAGCGUCCAGUUACUUUGCUUAUCAGAAGAAGAAACUGUGCUUCAAGCUGCAGGGAGGUGCAGAUCCAGAGAGUGGUAAAGGACACCAAGGCACUCAUUCCGAGCCUCAAGUUCUCAGCACCCUGCUCCAGACAAACUAGAUGCCGUCUUUCCUGCUGCCAGAGGACUUCAUUCAACUUCCAGUCAGCCUUGUUGCUGGUGCUUCUGCAGCCUUAAACCAGAACGACAACUGUAGCCCAGCUUGAAGACUAUCCAUUUGCAAACAUCUGAGUGUGUAUCUUCUCUUUGUAUCUUUAACAAAAAUCAGAAUAUCCCAAAGGUGAUUUGAAAGGAGCAUUGUAUUUGUGUUUGUUGGCUGUGUGUAACUACUGUAAAGAUGAAUACUCUGGCACUGUGGUAAUACACACAUUUAUUUUAAAGUAGGUGCAAAUAUUCAUGCAGGUGAUAUUUUUAACAGUAAGUCUGUAAGGUUCCCGUUUAAAACGCUCGUUACUACAAGUAAAUACACACAUAUACUAUUCAGCGUAGUGCACACCUCUGCAGCACACCUCUGCAGCACACCUCUGCAGCACACAGCAAAUCUGCUGUGCGGUGCAAAAUGAACACAUCCAAACACACCAGUGACCCAGUUUGGAGCAGGGUGUGUUCAGGUCACAUGCUAGUCAGCCUGGUCCCUGGAGGUGUUUCAAACUGAAGGAGAGCUUUCAUUAGUUGAGCUGUUGUUUAGGCUCAGUGUAUGACCAAUGAAAAUCAACUGGAAAUGUGUAUUUUAGAGUAAAAGAACCAUGUGUGUGUGGCAUGAUGUAACUGUUUAGUGGCAGUGCACAUUGUUCAGGAGGCCACGCACAUUUCCAGUGAUGGUAAACGACAGCAUGAAGCACAGCUCGUACUGAGCGCAUGGAUAUAAAGCCAGGAGAUGUUUUGUAGUGCUGGUUGCAGUGUGAGCACAUCUGUUCAUGAAACACAAAAAAAUGUACAUUUAUCGAUGCACUCGUUAUAGACAACUCUUAGGAUCUUUGCUAUUAAUGUAACAUACAGCACAAACAUGAGUUUCUUGCUAUCGUGAGCUUGAUUAUAAAAAUUCAUUUUUCUCCGUCUGUCCAAAACCUUUUUAUCGUCUCAACAGUCAGUCUGCUGCUUUGUAGAGGAACACUCAGAGAAUCAGCAGCUCUUUAUCAAGAUAUUAUAUGAUUUAGGCCAAAAGAUUAGAAGUAAUUGUACACAGUGUCCGGAUCAUAAAUACAAUGUCACUAAAAGUUUGAACAUUUAGCAGCUGAAAUUCAUGUGUUUGGUAUAUUUACAUGGGAUGUGUAGAUGUGUCGGCACAUGUUUAGCAAACAGAGGGUUUGUGUUAUGAUUUUCAUGUUUAAAACAAACAUAUAUGAAAAGAAAUGAUGUGAAAGGUUUAAUGAAUCAGUGCCUUAGAAGAGCAGCAACCACAGAUCACUGACACUGGGCAGAUGCAUUUAUGCUCAUCAAGUGUUUGUUUUGGUGUGACACGUUGUGUGGUGUCCCCUAGACUCACACUGGGACAUUAGUCAUAAAUGAACACAUCACAUUACAAUCUGAGGGUUCAUCAGCAGACCCUCAGAUUGUAAUGUGAUGUGCCCUCAUGAACUCUUAUGACGCUAAAAUAUUGAAAUAGUUUGCAUCCCUGUGAGAUGUAGAUAGUUGGGGAGAUGGUGUGUACAGAUGCUUUGAGCUUUUCUCAGUUUGAAAUGUUAGUCUGUUACUAAUUUGUCUGGGUUUACAAACCGAGAUGUUAUCCAGGUUAUUUAGUUUUUUACAUCUGACUUAGAUUAGAGAAAUGUUGCUUUUGUGAGUGGAUUUAAUGUAUGCAAAUGUUUCAAAUAAAAUGAUCUAUGGAUUAUUUGUA